AUGGGAAAAGAGCAACCAGUUGAGGCACUCACUCUCUCCGGUCUCCUUGAUCUGGAAACGCUUAAGACACUCCCGAUCAAGGUAUGGGACAGCCUUGAGAAAAGGAUGUUCGAUGUGAGGCAUCUCUGUCAUGGGGGCUCUCUUCUGGCGACCCUGAGGUUGCUGCUCAACCUUGUAUUCUUGGGACUUAGAGUCCCCAUGGUGUUGUUCCUCCUGAACAAACCGAGGCUUUGUCUCCCUCCCAUUCCUCCCUCUGUUGUAUCUCGAAUGAACCUAUGCCAAUUAUGUCUAGCAUACUAG